UUAAUUUUUUAUUUAUUUAGCUAUUACUUCAGAUCAAAAUGUAGAAGUUGGAAGAUCAUUUUUUGUAAAUUGCAAAUUAAAUAGCCAUAACAUAACAUUACCAAGAAAAGGAUUAUUUUAUGCAAAUUCGUCCAUGCUUGUUUUGAAAUUUAACAGAAAUUAUCUAACAGAAAAUGUUAACAUAUUAGAUCCAUACACAAUACAAUUCAGAAAAGAAAAUGCUUCCUUUGAAGACAUCGGCAAAUAUUAUUGCUUUUUGAAUUAUGAUGAAAAGAAGACGCUUGUAUGUGCUACUCAAGUUACUGUUGGAUAUAAACCUCUUCCUGUUGCAAAUUUUUCCUGUAUUUCUUGGCAUUAUCAAAAUUUAACUUGUUCUUGGAUUCCUCAACAGAAUCCUAUAAUAACAAAAUAUAUUCUUGAAGAUUUUAUCAUUCGUUAUAAUACAAGAGAGCCUGAAAUAGGUGGAGUACCUCGUCCUUGUCCAGAAAAAAUUUCUGAAACAAGUUGUCAAUGGCAGCUGAAUAGUGAUCCACCUUAUAGAAAAGCUUCACAGAAUAUAACUUUUAAGCUAACAGGAAUUAAUAGUCUGGGAAAUUACAGUCAAAUAUUUACAAUUAAUCAUUAUGCAAGAGUCUUACCCAGUGCACCUCAUAGUCUUGAUGUACAAGCUAUAACUGAAACUAGUAUCAGUGUUGUUUGGCUUCCUCCAUCAGAAAUGUCAAUCGAAGGAGAUUUUGAACCAGGGUUGACUUAUCAACUACAGUACAAGAGUGAAUAUGAUGAUAUAUGGGAUUUUAUAAUUGUAAAUAAAACAAAAGAAGCCCAUAUAAUAGAUCUGAAUCCAUAUACAGUUUACACCUUAAGACUACGUUGCCGUUCAACGGUUGCUUACACUGAUGAUAUGUGGAGUAACUUUACGACACGUGUUAUUCAAACGAAAGCAGAUGUUCCUUACGUUGCACCUAAAAUUGUUCAAGGACUUUUUGAAGUAAGAAAUUUCCAACGCGGAAGAAAUAUUAUCAUUCAUUGGAAACCAAUUCCCCAAAAAGACUGGAAUGGAGAAAAUUUUCAUUAUGACAUUCAGUGCUAUGAAACUCAUAUACCUAUUAGAAGAUAUAAAAAGGAAACAAAUAGUAUGUGGAAAAAAGAAAUAAGCUCUUCUGCUACAUUCACAAAUAUGAACAAUAUGUUAGAUUAUGUAUUUAUAAUAAGAACUGCUAAUUCUCAAGGAACCUCUGAUGAAUAUAGUAAAAUUAUAGUGAAUAACAAAGAAAAUUUAUUACCACCACCAAAAGAUAUUAAAGUAACAGAUUACGGAAGAGGAAUGUAUGAAAUUGCAUGGACUAUGCCAGAACAUGUGGAAGUAGACAACUAUACCAUAUUCUGGUGUGAGGCAGUUUUAUCAAGACCAUUCCCAUGCGUGGGACCAUUUCAGUGGAAAGUAGUGUCUAAGGAUUCCACUUUUGCUCGAUUGAAUUUAUCUGACAUUGAUACUAAUUACCGGUUUGCCAUCUCUGCCAAUUCAAGAUUGAGUAGUUCAGGAAUGGAAUGGGCACCAUGCAUUAUACCUCAUAAUGGAGUUUUAAAUAAAAUUGAGAAAGUGAAUGUCCAGGCAAUAAAUUCAACAAGUUUAAAAGUUAUAUGGUAUUUUGAUUGCGAUGCUCAGAAACACAUAAUUGAAAAAUAUUGUAUUUAUUGUUAUGUGGAUUAUAAUUCUACACAUAAAGAAUUUGUUAAAAGAAUUCUUUUUAACAACACUCAAACAAAUAGUUAUAUUGUUACUGGAUUAAAGCCCUAUACAGUCUAUAGCAUUGUCAUAACAGCAAUGAUUGGUGAACGUGAAAGUAGUCAGAGUGAUUAUAAAACUGAGAGAACUAAAGCUGGAGCUCCUUCGGAUUCUCCUCAGAAUGUGACAAUAACAAACAUAACUGAUACUUCUGUAGAAUUAAGUUUUUAUCCACCUAAUAUCAGCAAUGGUAUAAUCACUAGUUAUAAUAUUCUUAUCACAUCAGAGGAUGGAAGCUCAAAACAAAAAUCAUUUUGGUUUCAUAAGCACAGAUUUUCUGCAGUUAUUGAUAAACUUGUUCCUUAUACAAAUUAUACAAUGGAAGUUAAAGCCUGUGUUGAACAUGAAUGUUCUCCUCCAAAAGUUGUUUAUGUAAUGACAGAUAUUGGUGUUCCUGGUAUCAUGGAACCACCAAUUCCUGCAUUGUAUAAUGGUACUUUUGUUAAGUUAUCUUGGACAGCUCCACAACACACUAAUGGUCCAAUAGAUUUUUAUAGUUUAAAUAUACAAUGGGAAGAGAAUGAUGAACUUCAAAAUCAGACUCUUACCAUCUACGAUUACACUCAUUACAACAUGAAUGUUGAUUGUCCAUUUCGUGAUAAAGAUGUACUGUAUUCAUUCUCCAUUCAGGCUGCAAAUGUAAAAAAUGGAAAUGUUCUCUAUGGAAAUAUGAGUGCUCCAACUCAGACAAAACUCUGCUAUAUUAGUGAUGGUGUUACUUGGUAUAUGCUUCUUGGCAUAAUUGUUGGUGGAACACUUGGCUUAGUUGUUUUGUUAGUUCUACUUUAUGGAUUUGCUAGAUGGAUGAAAAAGAAAGUUGAUCGAAUAAAAGAAAUUAAAGUGCAGCUUCCACCUGGUUUAGAUUCACCCCCUUGUCAUUCUCUUAUUUCAUAUGAAAAUUUUGAAAAUGGCCUGAUUAGAAAAGCUAGCGAAUCUAACUUAAGCCCACAAACUUUAUAUGGACCUUUGAGUUCUUAUGCUUCAGAUGAAGGUGAUCCAAAAGAUCCUCCAGAUUCAGAUGCUUCUCAAUUCAGUAAUAAUUCAACUGAAGAGUUAUUGUAUAAAAAGAAUGGUCAAACAGAGCAUGGUGGCGGCCAUUCUAAUGGAGAGAGCAAUACUGGGAAAGGUCAUGAUAGCAUUUCAUCUUCGUUAACUAAUCGAACUCAGUUAUCAUCUGAUUCUGGAGCUGAAACAGAUGUUCUGCCACCUCCUUCACCUGAAAGUGAUAAUGGGCAGGGUUUACCUCAUUCAUCACCUCAGCCACAAAACAAAUCUAUGCUACCCAAAGUAGAUGAAGCUCAUUCUUCCGACAGUAAAGAUUCAGGAUUGGAGAAAGAAGAAGGAGGAAAUGAGAAAGAAAAUAGUUCAAAUCAUUAUUCAAGGUUUGUGUGCUAUCUGGAUAAUCCUCAACAUCCUUAUAAUCAAAGAAAGAUUUUAGAUAGAUCAUCUGGUAGUCAACAGCUUCCAUACAGUAAAUUUGGUGUUAAUAUGCCAGGUGUUUCUGGUUACAUACCUCUUGCAAAUAGUCUGGUAUUUAUGAGCAGAUCAUUAGCUAAUAGUGAACCAUCAGUUGUGGAUGCAGAAAAAAUUAAAGAAAAAGACCAAGAAAUCACAACAGAUGUAGCACCUCCUUAUUCGAAAUAUGGUCUGGCUAGAAGCUUUGGUGAAGCAUUAAAUAUGCCAGCCUCUGUUGACAUUUGUACACUAAAUAAUGGGUAUUCAAAAUGUGGUGUUGCUUCCAAUAUUCCUUGUUUACAAAACACACAUGAUAUUCCUACUAAUCUACCUACUCCAGUAAGUGUACCAAAUUCAUCUUACCAGAAAGCUAAUAAGUCAACAGAAAAUAUAAAAUCUCUUCCAUUAUCAUCAUGGGUUCCUUGCCCAAAAAAUAAUGGUUAUGUAACUGUUGAUAAACUAACCAAUCCUGGUAAAACUUUACCAACUCAACCAGUUGAUGGAACUGCUUAUUCUCGUCUUGGUACAAAGCCAGAAGUGGGAAUUUCAACCUGCCAAUCUAAAGGUUAUGUAAGUAUUCAAGAUGCCAAAGAUAUGUUAAGUGGAAAAGAGAAAUCAAAUGGUAAUGAAUCAAAAGAGCAUUUAGUGGGUAUACCUGGAUAUUCAAAGUUUGAUAUUCAGUGUGACAGACUUGAUAAUUCUUCAAAUAUAGAAACCAUGGAUCCUAUAUUGACUGGAACAAAACCUAAGAUUUAUCCUAAUAAUGUUAGGCAAGAUUAUGUACCAUAUUGUGGAUUUAACGAUUCAGCUGAUGAUUACAUGUAUAAUAAAAAUCCCAAUUUUGAAGAUAAGGGACAGAAUUUAAAUAAUUCUCUAUUUCCAGUGGAAGAGGAUAAUGGAAACAUUACACCAAAUUUAUCACUGGCAAAGUAUUUAGCACAACCUAAACUAUAUGAACCUAAAAAUGGGUAUGUUCAAAUAAAUCCAGAAAUAUCUCCAGAUUCAGUUAAGAUUGUUCCCAGUGAUUCCCAUGUUCAUUCUUCAUUAACAGAUACAGCAGUGUGACUUUGAAAACAGAGUAUUCCUGUUUUAAUCUCAAUAUAUAAAGACUUCAAUUCUGAAAGUCUUCAGUUUUCCUUACUAGUUGAAGGAGUAAAUUGAAUUCUGAUCUGAAGCAAAAUCUGAUACAGAUUUUAAGACAAUUAUAGUUGAUUUUUGCAGAAAUUAUUUUAUUAAUUCAUGUUCAGUGUGAACUAUGAAACAAGAAUGACUUUUGAUUUUUUUUUUUUCAUUGAGAUAAAAUAUUAGAAAUGAAUAGUAUUGUGUGGCCAUGUGGUCUAGUCACUUAUAUUGCCAAACAAAUUUAGAACUAGUUCAUAUUCAUACAAGUGUAAAAUUGAUCCAUCCAGUUUGUCAUAAGUACCAUCUCCAAAGCAGCAUAUAUAUUACAUUGGACCAAUUGUGAACGUGUAAACAAUCAUUUGAACGGUGCCUUUUACAAUUCAUUACACCAGAAUCUUUAGAUGGAGCUUCCAUUUUAAGCAGUUAAAUGUUUAAAGGAAUUUGACAGAAAAAUGAUUGUACAUUUGUUUGAAAUACAAUUUUGCCCAUUGCAUAUCAUGAAAGCAAAGUCAUUAAAGAAAAAUGAUUUAUAUUUAAUAUUCAUACUUUCUUAAUGUUUGUUUUUGCUUCAAAUAAUUAGAAAGUGAAAUUUUUGUAAGCUUCUGUAAAGUAUCUCCAAAAGGAUUACAAAUAUACGACACCAGAACUAGCGACGACAAGUGUAAAAUGUAUGUAUGUGCGCAUGUGUAUAAAUACAUUAGAUUGUUUAUAAGCUCAUCCAUUAUUCGCACUUCAGAAUAUAAUGUUAUGUAUAUAAAUCAUAGAACAGCUAACAAUUAACAAAUAGAACACAAAAAAAGCAGUGUUUAUUUCUGUGGCAACUUACAUUACAAAUGAUAAUAUGUAAUGUCAUUCUUUAAGCUGUUAUAAUGUUGAUGUUAUAUUAAGAUUUCCUUUAUUAAGUGCCAUUUUACAUUUCUUUGUUUUAAACUCCCUGUGGCAGGGACUUUUUGUCAUCUCGCUUCCAUCAUCCAUGAUUAUAAAUGGAUAAAAUAUUUAAUAAAAACUAGUUGUCAGCUAUUAUUGUAACAUUAUGUAGCUGUUUUCCUGUUUUAAUUUUUUAAAGCAGUAUAUAGGCAUACAUAUGGUCUCACUAAACUAUGUCUAGUAUACUAUUUAAUAUAAGCUCACAUUAGUUCUUGAACUUCCUAUGUAAAAAUCAUGAAAGAAAUAAAUUCUUGGAUCAGAGAAACUAAAUAUUAUUAUAUUACAUACAUUAAUAGUGAAGUGGUGCAAUAAAUGCUCAUUGAAAUUCAUUGUAUAGAAAUUUGGCAAAGAUUAAUUUCUUAAAAGUAAUCAUAGUUCCAAGUCAAAUGUUAAUCCUAAAAUACAUGUUUGUGUUGAUGAAUCUCAAGCAAGAGUGUGUUUAUAAAAUCUUAUAUACAUUAACGUGGAAAAAAGAAUUAUACGAGUUUAAAAUUCGGUUUACUUCACCUUUUUCUUUUGUUUCUCGCCAAAAUUUAUUUCUUAAAAGUGGCAGUUUUGUUUUUAUAUUUAUAUAUUAUAUGUAAAAUAGAAACGAUAAAAGCUGUUAUUCAAAAUGUUAUUUCUUUUUAGUAAAGGCUGGUUUCCACAUUAACAGAAAAGGGAAAAGUAAAAAUAACUAGAUUCCAUUUCCAUUUUCUGUUUUGUUCUUCCACAAUACUAGAACAGAACUAGCAGAAUUAAGUCGAUUGUAGUGGCAUGUUCUCUCCAAUUACAGUUGACAACUUUAUAAU